AUGCCUGAUAGUGCAAUUGAUUCUUUGGUUUCUGGUGCGAUCGAGUUCUCCAAACACUGCUCGGUGGAUGACGACGACCUCCUCGUGAUUCCGGUGGUGGUGGAUCUGGAUGUUUGCACGGUCCAGCUAAAGAGAGAAACAAUUGACGAGGCGUACGGUAGGGCGAUUAGGUCAGAGUGCUUGAUGAAUUUGGGGAAGGUUAGAGUUGAAGAUGUUGAUCUAGGGUUGAGUCUUAUGGAGACGUGUCCUAUUUGCUUGAUUGAUCCCACCGUUGGAGAUCAGAUAUCGGUUCUUCCUUUCGGUCAUGCUUUUCAUAACCAUUGCAUUGUCCAAUGGUUGAUCAACAGCAAUUCGUGCCCCUCGUGCCGUUUGCGGUUUGAUAGUAAUUAA